GCGGGCUGGAGGAAGGAAGGAAGGGGGCUGAGCUGGGAGCUGCAGCUCUCCUCUCAGAGCCCAUCCUGAGUCCAGAGGGAAGCUGGACUCGGAGUGUGAGCCUCUGCAAGGAGUGUGAUGUGCUUUCCUUAGUUUCCCUGCCUACUCUCCGUGCUCUCACCCUCGCCCACUCUCACGCACGCUCGCCGCCGCCGCCGCACACUCCUCUGGCGCACAGAGCAUGCCUCUUAGUCCAGCGAGCAGCAAACAUGAGACUCCGGAGCAGCAGCAGCAGCAGCAGGAGAAAGCAGAGCAGCAGCAUCAGGAAGAGGAGGAGGAGGAGGACGACGAGGACGACGAGGAGCAGCGGCGGCAGCAGCAGCAUCCUCCUCCUCCUGCGCUCCAGCACCACCAGCUCUGCGUUGUCAACGGCGAUCCCGGGGAGAGCAGCGCGGCGGAAGGCAGCCUCAAGGAGGAGACCCUGUAUGAUACCAUCAAGCCCCCCGCCACCGCCGGCCCCGGCCCUUGCUCCGACAAGCUGGCAUCACCGCCCGGGCGGAUGGACGAGCCGGCGCCCAAUGCCCUUGUCGUGCGCAUCGGGAUCCCAGACCUCCAGCAAACGAAGUGUAUGCGUCUGAACCCCGAUGUCCCCGUCUGGGUCUCCAAGCAGCGCAUCCUCUGCACCUUGAACCACAGCCUGAAGGACGUGCUGAACUAUGGCCUCUUCCAGCCAGCCUUCAACGGCAGGGCUGGGAAGUUCCUGGACGAAGAGCGGCUGUUGAGGGAGUACCCCCUGAACCCGGACACCCCGGUCCCUUACCUGGAGUUCCGGUACAAGAGGCGAGUUUACAUCCAGAGCCUGCUGGACGACAAGCAGUUUGCCAAGUUGCACACGAAGGCGAAUUUGAAGAAGUUCAUGGAAUAUGUGCAGACGCUGAAUGUGGAGAAGGUCAGCAGGCUGCUGGAGAAGGGACUGGACCCCAACUUCCACGACCCGGAUAGCGGAGAAUGCCCCCUGACGAUGGCCGCCCAGCUGGAGUACUGUAUCGACAUGAUCAAAGCCCUGAGGAACGGAGGUGCCCACCUGGAUUUCCGGACGCGAGAGGGCAUGACGGCUCUGCACAAAGCCGUCCGGUGCCGGAAUCACACUGCCCUGAUGACGCUGUUAGACCUGGGUGCCUCUACAGAUUACAAGGACAGCCGUGGAUUAACGCCUCUGUACCACAGUGCCAUGGUUGGAGGGGACCCCUACUGCUGUGAGCUCCUCUUGCACGACUACGCCAAGGUGGGCUGCAUCGACGAAAACGGCUGGCAAGAAAUCCAUCAGGCCUGUCGCUAUGGGCAUGUUCAACACCUAGAGCACCUUCUUUUCUAUGGGGCGGACAUGACCGCGCAGAACGCAUCUGGGAACACAGCUCUCCAUGUCUGUGCUCUCUACAACCAGGAAAGCUGCGCUCGGGUCCUUCUCUUCCGCGGUGCAAGCAAGGAGAUCCGGAACUACAACAGCCAGACAGCAUUCCAGGUGGCCAUAAUUGCGGGGAAUUUUGAACUGGCCGAAAUCAUCAAAACCCACAAAGAGUCCGACGUUGUGCCUUUUAGAGAAACUCCCAGCUACACGAAGAGGAGGCGGAUCAUCGGCACGGGCGGCCUCUCCUCCCCCCGCCUGCUGCAGCGGUCUGCCAGCGACAACAAUUUGAAGUCCGAGAGCCGCCCGUCCUACUCCCCAGUGCCCUCGCUCCGCGGCCUGCCCCAACAGCUGCUGGCUCAGAUGCAGGAAGCCGCUGUCGGGGUGGGGUUGGGGGACAGCAGCCUGGUGAGCACGGGCAGCUCCCGGAGCGCCCACAGCCGCUCCCCGUCGCUGCAGCGCGUGCGGGAAGAGAAGGAGGCCGAUGCCCACACACUCAGGAGAAGCAGCCGCGGCAAGGCCAGCCCCAGCGGGAGCGGCAGCGGGCCGGGGGGCGCGCCGGGGGCCGGUCCGGGCGUGGAGCCCACCCCGCACGCCGCGCCGGCCCCGCUGCGAGGGCCCAAGAGGAAGCUGUACAGCGCCGUGCCCGGCCGCAAGUUCAUCGCCGUCAAGAGCUACACGCCGCAGGGCGAGGGCGAGAUCCAGCUCAACCGAGGAGAAGCCGUCAAGGUGCUCAGCAUCGGAGAAGGAGGCUUUUGGGAAGGAACCGUGAAGGGGCGGACGGGCUGGUUCCCGGCAGAAUGUGUUGAGGAGGUGCAGAUGAGACAGUACGACUCGAGGCAAGAAACCCGAGAAGACAGGACCAAGAGGCUCUUCCGACACUACACUGUGGGCUCGUACGACAACUUCACUUCUCACAGUGACUACAUCAUCGAGGAGAAGGCGGCCGUCCUGCAGAAGAGGGAGCAUGAGGGCUUUGGCUUCGUCCUCCGGGGCGCCAAAGCGGAGACUCCGAUUGAGGAGUUCACCCCGACGCCCGCAUUCCCGGCUCUCCAAUACCUGGAGUCCGUGGACGUGGAAGGUGUGGCCUGGCGAGCAGGACUUCGUACGGGAGACUUCCUGAUUGAGGUGAACGGUGUGAACGUGGUGAAGGUUGGGCACAAGCAGGUGGUGUCUUUGAUCCGCCAGGGGGGAAACCACCUGGUGAUGAAAGUGGUCUCUGUCAGCCGCAAGCCAGAGUCGGAGGACAUUGUUCGGAAGAAAGCCCCGCCGCCGCCCAAGAGGGCGCCCAGCACCACCCUGACGCUGCGAUCCAAGUCUAUGACCGCCGAGCUGGAGGAGCUGGCCUCAAUGCGGAGGAGGAAAGGGGAGAAGCUGGACGAGAUCUUGGCAGCCGCCGAGCCCUCGCUGAGAGCGGACAUCGUGGAGGCAGAUUCCAGGGCAGCCACUGUGAAGCAGAGACCCACCAGCAGAAGAAUCACCCCUGCGGAGAUCAGUUCUCUGUUUGAGCGGCAGGGGAUGGCAGCCCACACUGGUCCAGAGAAACCCCACAUUUCCCUGCGCAAAGGAAUUCCGCGGACAAAAUCUGUAGGUGAAGAUGAGAAAUUUGCUGCUUCCCUAAUGGACGGGAAGUUCCCCCGGAGCACCUCCAUGCAAGACACGGUCCGGGAAGGGCAUGGCAUCCCACCCCCGCCCCAGACGGCCCCUCCCCCUCCGCCGUCCCCCUAUUACUUUGACACGGGCCCUCCCCCGUCCUUCUCCCCCCCUCCGCCCCCAGGAAGGGUCUACGACACGAUCCGCUCCAGCUUCAAGCCGGGCUUGGAGGCCAAGCUCCAUGGGCUGCCGCAGGUGAUCAGCGCGGCCGAGAUGUACGACCAGGCGAGGACGCCCCUCCCUUACCCCGAGCGGCAGAAGCGGGCACGCUCCAUGAUCAUCCUGCAGGACUCCUCGCACGUCCCCGUGGAGCCCACCGACAUCCCCCGCCCCGCCCCCUCGGCCACCCCGCCCGAGAAGCUGAAGCGGAAGGGGCGCGCCGUGGACAACCCCUACGCCAACAUGGGCCAGUUCAACGUCAGCCUCUUCACCCCCGCCAAGCCCCAGAGGAAGAAGAGCCCGCUGGUGAAGCAGCUGCAGGUGGAGGACGCCCAGGAGCGGGCGGCCCUCUCCAUCAUGGGGGGCUUCACACGGGAGCCGUCCCCCACCCGGCGCAGCCACCGCCUGGGCAUGGAGUACCAGCCGCAGCAGGUGGACGCCUCCAGCCUCCCCUUCGCCACUGCCAUCGCCGGGGUCAUGAAGGACAGAGAUCGGCGCCUCGACGAAAAGCGGAAAUCCACUGUCUUCCUCUCGGUCGGGGCCAUUGAAGGCAGCCCCCCCACCAUCGAGAUGCCAUCGCUGCAGCAGUCGAGGUCGAUUGAUGAGCGGCUCCUGGGCAGCCGGGACGUCCUUCUGCCUUCCCCCGUCUCAGCUUUAAAGCCAUUGAUCAGCAGCUCCUCGUCGACGUUCAUCCACCCUCUCACGGGGAAGCCCCUGGAUCCCAACUCGCCUCUGGCGCUUGCGCUGGCCGCAAGGGAGCGGGCGCUGUCCACCCAGGUCCCCUCCAGGGCGCCCACCCCCAUCCACAGCCCGGACUCGGACCGCGCGGCGCCCCUGUUUGUGGACAUCCAAACCAAAGAGCACGAGAGGGGGGAGCUGGAGGGAGGGGCCCUCGGCUCACCCGCCUACUCGCCCGGGGUCAAGGCGCCCACACCGGGAGUCUUGUCCCCGGCGCAGAGCCACUGGGGGAUGCCAGCUGCGGCGAGGAAAGAGGGCGAGGCGCGGGCCGAGACCCCCGCCAAGGAGGAGAGGAAAGCGGAGGACCGGAAGUCAAUGAUCAUCAGCAUCGUGGACACGUCGCAGCAGAAGACGGCCGGCCUCGUCAUGGUCCACGCCACGAGCAAUGGCCAGGACCUCGGUCUCGAGGCGAAAGAGGAGAAGCCGCCCAUUCCCGAGGGGGGCCUGGAGCCCACGGAGGCAUCCCUGGCCGAGGCACAGCCCAGCCCCGUGGCUGGGGUGGCACCCGUCAGCCCGGUCUCUGACAAGACCCUGGGUCAAGGGAGCUCAGAGGAGGAGGUGGAGCCCUACACGGUCACCCUGCCACCCGCCCAGCUGUCUUCGAGCGACGAGGAGACGCGAGAGGAGCUGGCCAAGAUCGGUCUGGUUCCUCCGCCGGACGAGUUUGCGAACGGGGUCCUGGUCACCACCCCCGGCACCCCCAUCAGCCAGCUGGCCUCUCCCGUCAUCGCCACGCCAUCCAUGCCAGCGGCCGCUGUAGCACCUUCUACCGCUGGUGGAACACCCUCAGGGAAGCCCUCUGAUGCCCCCACAGCCCCGGAGUCCGCGGCGGACUCUGGAGUGGAAGAGGUGGACACCAGGAGCUCGAGCGAUCACCACCUGGAGACCACAAGCACCAUCUCCACCGUCUCCAGCAUGUCCACUCUGUCCUCCGAGAGCGGGGAGCCCACCGACACCUACACUUCCUUUGCGGACGGACAAACUUUUAUACUCGAGAAGCCACCAGUGCCUCCAAAGCCAAAACUCAAGUCCCAGCUCAGCAAGGGGCCGGUUACUUUCAGGGACCCUCUCUUGAAGCAGUCUUCGGACAGCGAGCUCAUCUCCCAGCAACACGCGGCCAUGCUGGCUUCCGCCAGCAUCGGCCGGCCACGCUACCUCUUUCAGCGAAGGUCCAAGCUGUGGGGGGACCCCCUGGACAGCAGGCCAACGCAUGGGGCUGAGGAUGACAAACCAACUGUGAUCAGCGAGCUCAGCUCCCGGCUCCAGCAGCUGAACAAGGACACGCGCUCCCUGGGGGAGGAGCCCGCUGGGAGCGUGUUGGAUCCUGGGAAGAAGUCCCCCGUGGUCGCAGCACGACUUUUCAGUAGUCUAGGAGAAUUGAGCACCAUUUCGCAGCGCAGCUCGGGCACCACCUACACCGUCCGUCCCGGCAGCCGCUACCCUGUGACCCGCCGCACCCCCAGCCCGGUAAAGCCCACCCUGGAUAGGACAGACCCGCUGAGCUCCGUGCGUCCCUACGGGCUCACCCCGCCCACCAUCCUCAAAUCUUCCAGCCUCUCCAUCCCGCACGAACCCAAGGAGGUGCGCUUUGUGGUGAAGAGCAUCAGCGCCCGGAGCCGGUCCCCAUCCCCCUCGCCUUCCUCGGGGGGGCCCCUGCACGCCCUCCACCCGCCUCGGCCCUUCAUGCAGAAGCCCCUCCAGCUGUGGAACAAGUACGACGUCGGGGACUGGCUGGAGAGCAUCAACCUGGUGGAACACCGGGACAAAUUUGAGGACAACGAGAUCGAGGGCACCCACCUGCCGGCCCUGACCAAGGAGGAUUUUGUGGAGCUGGGGGUGACGCGGGUCGGGCACCGCAUGAACAUUGAGCGGGCGCUCAAGCAGCUGGUGGACAGCUGACCGUCCCGGGCGGCGCUGCUGGCCUCCUCCGCCGGGGCCGACUCCCUAGAGGGUGGGGUGGGGCACUUCUACCACUAGACUAGCAAACAGGAACCAAAUGGCUUCUAUUCUACUCUGGCCACUGCACUGAAGGGCGGGGAACUGGUGAGCGCCCACUCUCUCUUUCCCUCUCUCUCGACACCCCAGGGUGGGCUGGGGUCCCUAGCAUCCGUGCAAUCAGAGCCACGAUGCCUCAGGGAGCAGGAAUGUUGCAUGAAGAUGCCCGGCCCUUUUGUUGGGCAGGGUGGGGAAGCCUGGGCUGUACAUCGCUUGAUGCACCUUUGCCCAAGAGAGUUGCUACAGGGCGGGCGGUUAUUGGGGGGACAGGAAGGGGUGCUCCUCCUGAGAUUUUGCACCCAUGUGGAGCAUGCUGGCAUAGGCUGGCAGGCAGGUGGCACAGAGGAGGAGGAAGAGGGCUAUUUAGCAGGACAGGAACCCAUUGGUUUAGGUUCGCUGGGUUGAGGCAGGCGGAGAUGGUGUCCCAGAAGAGCUCUCCGCUAGUGGCUCUGGGGUGGCUUCACUGGCCAUUCCAGAGGUCAGGUGCCAGCUUGGAGGCGUCUUCAUGGCCAGGUGUGCAUCUUGCAGGUACCGAUAGACCAUCAUCAGUGGCUGUCCCCUGGGGAUUCCUGGGAAGCUGAGCAGAGCGCUGGAGCUCUUGCUGGACAGCAGCUUCUGAGCGGGGACAGCGUUGGGACAGGCCCAGGGCGCACUCUCGGGGCAUUGUCCUGGCCUCCAGGAGUCCUGUUGGGAAGGGCAGAAAAGGAGACCCUUGCCCUAGGCUGAGUCAGCAGGCCUUUCUCCCCCACGCAACAUGCAUACAUAUUGCCCCUAAGAGCGUCAUCCCAUUGCCAGGAAGACCAGAAGAUUAAUGUGCCCGGGGGGGAGAGAGAGAGAGAGAGAGAGCAACGCUCACACACAGAGAGAGAGAUGAGAAGGACCUGCCUUUUUGAGGACUCUGUUCCUUUUGCCCUGGGGAGAGGGGGACUGAAGUCGCAUGGAUAGGAAAGCAUGUUUGGGGCAUCCGAGGGAGGCAAGUGGGGAACCCAGCAGCUCCUGCUUUGCCAACAUUCGUGGGGGAGGGGGGGAGGUCACGUUUUCUCUGGGGGGUUGUCGUGGGGACGCGUCGAAGGGAGUCUCUAUAAUCUCUGUGCAUUUCCAUAGAUCUGCUGGUGAUCCAAGCGAGGAGAUGCCAACGCCAGGGGAUCUCGCCCACUCCGUCCUGGUCACUCAUCUUUUGCAUCUUUUUAAUCAGCUAUAUAUUUGAAAAGGAAAAAAAAAAGAACAAAUAUCUAUAUAUCUAUA